AAUGGCGAGGGAGUGAGAGAUUGGUCAAAGGUGGCUGAGAAUGGCAGCCAAUUAAUCUUACAAUAAUUUUUUCCAAUACCAAACUCUCCAUUUCUUUCAGAUCACAAAGGCGUAGAUCGGCUGUCUGCUACCAAAUCCCAAAUCCAAGCUGUCCUUAAAUAAAGAAGAAUUUGUCCCCGUUGUGGGCUCAUUCAAUGGCGACCUCACUGGGUGGCGAACAGAGACAGUUGACUUUCCCGAGUUUCAGCACAAAAAUGCCUCACUGAAUCUCCAUUUCCACUUUCGUUUUCUCUUCCGCGAGCUCCAGCUUCUGGAGGAGGAUUUUUGAGAGGCGAUGGCGUCGACUUAGCCGAAUUCCUAGACGGAUUUUGCUGUUGGUUCGGUGUAGAAUCAAGGAGUUUACAGAAUCGAAGAUUCGAAAUGGGGUGGGGAAAUGGGUGCCCUGACGGGGCCAAUACCCGGCCUCUGUUCUUGGCGAUCUACGCCACGGUUGUCGCCGGCAUAGUGUUCUCGUCGCUGUACGUAUUCUCGGCUGUUUACUCGUCUUCCACCUCUGUUUCUGAUUCCAGCUCCUCCUGGUUUUCGUCUCCUUCUUCUGAUUUCUCCAAUUCCGAUUCAUCUCUUAUCAAGGAUCAAAGGCCAAAUAUAUCACAACCAAGUACAUCACCCCGUCCAGAUUCCCGCAGCACAAAUGUUCACAGCAAGGGGGAAAGACCAAUUUGGGAAGCUCCGGACACCAAGAAUAUGCCACCUCUGGAGACUUUUCGUCUAAGCAAGGAACUAGUGCAGCAAAGGGCAAAAGAUAACGUAAUAAUAGUGACGUUUGGUAACUAUGCAUUUAUGGAUUUUAUCCUUGGUUGGGUUAAGCAUUUGACAGAUCUCAGUGUUUCUAAUCUUCUUGUCGGUGCAAUGGACACCAAACUGAUGGAAGCUUUGUAUUGGAAAGGCGUUCCAGUUUUUGACAUGGGAAGCCAUAUGAGCACAGUAGAUGUUGGCUGGGGGUCGCCUACGUUCCAUAAGAUGGGAAGAGAAAAAGUGAUUCUCAUCGACUCGAUUCUCCCUUAUGGCGUUGAGUUGUUGAUGUGCGAUACUGACAUGGUUUGGUUAAAGAAUCCACUCCCAUAUCUUGCUCGUUAUCCUGAAGCAGAUGUCUUAACUUCGAGUGAUCAGGUUGUACCUACAGUGGUUGAUGACAGGUUGGAUAUAUGGGACCAAGUUACUGGUGCCUUGAAUAUUGGAAUUUUCCACUGGCGGCCUACACCAGCAUCAAUAAAAUUGGCAAAGGAGUGGAGGGAAAUGCUUCUAGCCGAUGACAAGAUUUGGGAUCAAAAUGGGUUCAAUGAACUCGUUCAUAAGAAAAUGGGACCAUCAGUUGAUGACGUCAGCGGACUUGUAUAUGCUUAUGAUGGUAAUCUCAAGCUAGGAAUUUUACCAGCAAGUAUUUUCUGUAGUGGACAUACCUACUUCGUCCAGGCCAUGUACCAACAAUUUAGAUUGGAGCCAUAUGCUGUUCAUACUACAUUCCAGUACGCAGGUACGGAAGGAAAGCGCCACAGACUGCGUGAGGCCAUGGUUUUCUACGAUCCUCCCGAGUACUUUGAUGCACCAGGAGGUUACCUGUCAUUUAAGUCAUCAAUCCCUAAGAGCUUGAUACUAGAAGGAGAGCAUAACCUUGAUACACACUUUACUCUUAUUAACUACCAGAUGAAACAAAUAAGAACAGCACUUGCUAUUGCUUCAUUAUUGAAUCGCACACUGAUCAUGCCUCCACUGUGGUGCCGGUUAGAUAGGCUAUGGUUUGGACAUCCUGGAAUUCUGCAGGGUUCCGUGACUCGACAGCCUUUCAUUUGUCCGUUGGAUCAUGUUUUUGAGAUAAAUGUGAUGUUGAAAGAAUUACCAGAGGAAGAGUUUGGCCCAGGGAUCAACUUUAGAGAGUAUUCUUUCUUGGAAAAUCCCUUACUUCCAAAACAGGUGAAAGAGUCGUGGCUUGAUGUUCAGCUUUGUAAACAAGAAAGUGAAGGUUGUCAUCCAACAAAUGACACAGUUCUACCAGGUGUCCUCAAAUUUCCUAAAGGCAGCAAUGAAGACACGUUCAAGGCAAUAUUCUCCACAUUCAAGGAUGUCAAAGUCAUCCAGUUCUCCACGAUGCAAGAUGCCUUCCCUGGUUUCUCUGACAAGAAAAAGGAAGAGAAGUUCAGGAACCGGGUCAAGCGUUACGUUGGCAUAUGGUGCUGUGUGGAGAACACUACUCCCGGCCACAUAUAUUAUGACAUGUACUGGGAUGAGAAACCUGAUUGGAAACCGCACCCGCCCCAAACUCCCGAGGAAGAUCGACCUCCUUUAUAAGGUCAAUGGAGAGAGCUUUUGGUUAAAUGUCGAUAAAAACAAAGGCAUCCAGACGCUCAAGGGCGUUCUAUUUAUUACUCUUGAGGCAUUCGAAACAAAGGCUGUUCGAGCACUCAUAUCUUUGGAGGUCGAAAUCGAGGCUACUCUUGGCCUUACCUUGUUGUUCUCAUGGAUCACCAGAGAGCGAAAAGAAUACAGAUAGAUUUGAUUUAGUUGCCUCCCACUCGUUCUGAUAGAUGAGCAGACUUGUUUAUUUAUGUUAGAUGGAAAAAGUUGUAUCCGUAGUCUCACAAAGAAAGAUGAUUUUUGCUCUCUGAAGGAGUGGAAGUUUUGACUUUGUACACUUCAAAUAAAAGAGAAAGGAAGCAAAAUGCGACAUAGAAGAAAAAUAACUAUGAUUUUUAAGUAUUUUAAGUCAAUGGGUGAACGUCUUUUCCAAGUGA